GUCCCCGCCUCUGCCCAGGUGUCCCCGGCUCGGGCAGCACCAGCACUCACGCUGCCACCUGCUGCUCCAGCAGCUCCGGCUGCUCCGGGGCCGGCGAUUUGGGAACCUCCCGAGGGCACAGCGGUGUUCGGAUGCACAGGUAGAGAAAGGAAAGUUCACUAGAGAGCAAGACAUUUAGUCCAAAAAGAGUAUUGUGAGUGAAUAUGCAAAUUCAACACACACCACCAAGGGCACCAGAGCAAUAGAGGAAGCCAAAAUGAGCCGGAAAAGCAAAAGGAGUUUAAAGGAGAAAUUUUCCUUGAAGAACAGCCUGGUUAAAGAAGCUCUCUCAGAGUUCCUGGGAACUUUUAUACUGAUAGCUCUUGGCUGUGGCUGUGUGGGGCAGGCUGUGCUCAGCCGGGGCGCGCACGGGGGGCCCAUGACGGUGUCCGUGGGGUUUGCCAUGGCAGUCACCAUAGCAGUGUACGUGUCCGGGGGCGUUUCUGGUGGCCACAUAAACCCAGCUGUUUCAUUAGCCAUGUGCGUGACUGGAAGAUUAAAAUGGACCAAAUUACCAAUUUACAUAUUAGCACAACUCCUGGGAGCAUUCGUUGGAGCAGCGGCUGUCUUUGGGAUUUAUUACAAUGCAUUUAUGGAGUACAGUGAUGGAAAACUUGAAGUCACAGGACCUAAUGCAACAGCCCAAAUCUUUGCAACAUAUCCAGCUCCCUAUCUGUCCCUCAUAAAUGGAUUUGCAGAUCAGGUGAUGUCAACAGCUGUUCUUCUUCUGGCUAUAUUUGCUAUUUUUGACACCAAAAAUAACAGCGUACCCAAGGGCCUGGAGCCAAUUGCAGUAGGACUUCUUAUAAUUGUUCUUACUUGCUCCUUGGGAAUGAACAGUGGCUGUGCCAUGAACCCAGCCAGGGAUCUUGGCCCAAGGCUCUUCACAGCCAUUGCAGGAUGGGGCAUGGAAGUAUUCACGGCUGGUAAUAAUUGGUGGUGGAUUCCUAUAGUUGCACCUCUGCUGGGAGGUGUACUUGGAGCAAUGAUCUAUAUAAUUUUUAUUGAAAUUCAUCACUCAGAUCCUCAGUCAGGAGAAGAAAAUGAGGUGCAUACUAAAUAUGAAUUGACCAAUAUGGCAUAAGAAGUGAAGAAUUUCCUCUGUCAUUUUGUUGUGCAGUUUUUAUGCAAAUGGUUGUUGGGACCAUGUAUGAAAUCCAUAUGCUUCGAUUAGAAAUUCACCUUUCAAAGCAGAAAUUCUGUAUAUAAGUUCAAAAUUGAAGUCUUUCCAUGAAACAUUGGGUGAUCACAUUCAAAAUUGGUAUAUUGAGAAUGGGAAGGCUAAAUUGUCCUUUUCAUGUGGCUUUUAGGUCAAGUUAUCUCUUAGAUGCAAUUGUAGUGAGAUGAGGCACUGUCCUGUUAAUUCAACUCAUAUGAUCUUAAUCAUGUUGCCUAAUUAACUGAAAAUAGUUGAGAUAUUGAUGCAAAACUGCAUGCAUAGCUAGUUAAUGAGUUCAGUGCUGAAUUAAUGUGCAAGAGCAUCACUUACUUCUUAAGAAUGUUUGCCUAAACAUUUAAAACAAUACCCAAUUUGGCUAAAUGCCGAUUGAAACAGUUUAAAAUAACUUCACUAAAUUUUAUGGAGCCACUAUUGAUCAGCAAGAAAUCAAUUCCUCAAUGAUUAGGUUUAGUAACUCACAAUAUGAUCACAAAAGGUAAAAAACUGUUUGUUGUAAGAUCAGCACCAAAGAGACAAAGGUAACUUCUGCACAGGGUCUUCAGAGCAUUAAUGCUUAGUUAUUUUUAGAAUAUUUACUUGACCUUUAUGUUAGCCAAUAUUAAAAUCCUUAUGUAGAAUACUAAUCUGAAUCUCUUCCACUGUGCUUUCUGGAUACAAUUCAUUCCUGUGGAGAUGGCACAGCAAGAGGCUGAUGCUGUGCAAGGGUCAGCACAAAGCUGAUCUCUAUAUAAGCUUUAAAGAGUCCUGCUGCUGCUGAUUUAUAUAGGUGGAUUUCAUCUGCAUUGUAGGAGCAAUUUUUAAUUGAAUUUAAUUUGAAUUUUUAAUUCAAAACUGGUCUCAGAGGUAAUCCUAGAUCUGAAUUUUCCAAGGAAGGCCAGAUCCACAUCAAAAUUCUGAUGUGGGAGUUCCCUCUCACUAAAGAGAAAUUGUUGGACAUAUAUUCUUUCCUAAAUAUCCAGCCUUGAAAAUGAAAUUAUUUCUGCUUAAUCAUUGUGAAUUGAAUGUAUUCAGUUAAAUCAAAGUUUAUUUCUAUUAUGCAUACAUCUAUCCAUGGUUGGUGAUGGUGAUCAUAAAUAAACAGGCAUCUGAUUCA